AGCCGUAGCCUGGUUUAAAUUUAAUCGAUCCACAUUUCUGUGGCCACGUAUGCAGAGAAUAAUCGAACCCUAACAGGAUAGCCCGCAAGCCAUCCCCAAACUUUGAUUACACCGCUCUUCACGGUCACCAUUAACAGGAUUAUUUAAGUGUCUAUGUAUGAAACAUGUAGCUAAUACCAUCAGAAGAGUGUCUGCCUCAUACUACAACCAAAUAUGACCAACCGCCUUGUCGUAGCAUUAUUCUACGAGAUAGCCUCUACUUAUCGCUCCCGAGGCUACAACCCGGAGGAUUGCCUCGAGUUCCACCCCGAGGAGACCAUCGACGCCAUUGCGGCAUCGAUUGAAAGCAAUGGCUACGAAGCCGUGCGUGUAGGUGACAUCCAGGAACUCGUCCAGCGGAUGGCUAAAGGCGAACAUGAGCGGUGGGACAUUGCCUUCUCAGUGUCCGAGGGAAUGCACGGCACUGGUCGUGAAGCGCAGAUCCCCGGACUAUUAGAAGCCUAUCAAAUCCCUCACGUAUUCUCGGAUGCAGCUACCCUCGCCUUGUGCAUGGACAAGGGCAAAACGAAAAUGAUUUUUCAACAAUCAGGUAUCGCAACGGCACCCUUUGCGGUUGUUCCUGCUUUCUGGACCAAGGCAGAUUGCAAAGUCAUGGAUCUCCUGGAGAUGGCUCCACACUGUCAAACGUUGCACGGCCAGUUUCCGCUCUUCAUCAAGCCUGCGUGUGAGGGAGCUUCCAAGGGAAUCUACCCACUCUCAAAGGUGAACAACCUUGUGGAGCUCGAAGAGGGGAUUCAGACCCUUCAGACUCGCUUCCCGCGACAAAGUAUCCUGAUCGAGCCCUUCCUCGCGGGAAGUGAAUAUACCGUCAGCGUCCUGGGCACUGGCCGGUCGUCCCGAGUCAUAGGCACGAUGCAUCUCAAUUGGGAUGGCCCAAGUGGACCAAAAUCCUCAGAUGCCGAGACGGCGCCGUCAGCCCACAGCGACUUCUUCCAUUCUUCCAACAAGAGUUACGUUGGGAAGAGGGUGGUUACCCGACAAGAGUCCGCCGAGGUUCAGCAAGCGGAGGAUCUAGCUCUGCAGGCCUGGCGGGUGUUGGAGUGUUGCGAUAUUGGUCGAGUGGAUAUCCGUUUUGGAGCGGAUGGGAGGCCAUAUGUUUUAGAAAUAAGCCCUUUGCCGGGAUUUCGCCCAAGCGGGUCUGCCCUGCCUGUAACAGCGCUUCACAAUGGUAUGAAUCACGAGAUGCUGAUAGGCAAGGUACUGGAUAGUGCCUUGGAGCGAUAUCCACAUUUGUGCGCCAAGCCGAAUGUAUAGGAGUAGUAGAUAGAGUUACCUCAUAGAUCCCCAUGAAGCAAGAGUCAUCAUACCGUCAACCAAAGCGAAAUCGAUAUUGAUCUGAAAUAUCUACAGUUUCAUAGACUUCGUAGGGUUAACUUGUCCACUUCUAAAGAGACAGUGAUUUAACACUAAGCUUAUGU